CCAACAACCACACCAACACCAACGACCACAACUACAGCACCAACGACCACAACUACAACACCAACAGCCAUCACGACAGCACCAACAACCACAACUACUGCACCUACAACCACCACGAUGGCACCAACAACCACAACUACAACACCAACAACCACCACGACUGCACCAACGACCACCACGACAACACCAACGACCACAACUACAGCACCAACGACCACAACUACAACACCAACAGCCAUCACGACAGCACCAACAACCACAACUACUGCACCUACAACCACCACGAUGGCACCAACAACCACAACUACAACACCAACAACCACCACGACUGCACCAACGACCACCACGACAACACCAACAACCACAACUACAACACCAACGACCACAACUACAACAACCAUGACUACAGCACCAAUGACCACAACUACAGCACCAACAACCACCACUACAACACCAACCACCACAACUACAACCACUAUUCCAGGCCCACAAGCACUGGCACAUCUAAAGAUGAGGUUGACUACAUACGGAGAGGUUAGCAAUGCAACCAUUAUUGCGCUUCUUGAACAGUUUCUUAACACCCAGGUCCUGAAUGGAAUAGCCCACAGUAUCUCUGUGACAAACAUUCAAAAAGUGGGUCCAUAAAAAUUGAAUGUGGACAGAAGUCAAUAAUGAACAUAUGAAGACAAGAGUUUAACAGUGUGUUGGUAGAUUUGUUUCAACAUGAUCCAGAGCGGCGGUUUGCCCUCAGUUGUUCAUGAUAUCUUGAAUGAUGAGUACACUGUUGUGAGAAGAAAACAGCUGUGUUGGAGUGGUCUACAACCAGAUGUGCUUGGAUUGCUCUGCAAGUACAGGAAAUUUCUGGGUAAAAGCAGAUUAGAUUUAAACAUCAAUCCCCUUUUACGAUUAUUUUUGUCAAAUUAAAUCAAACCGCAGUAACACACUGCUGUAGUUCCCAUGAAUCGGAAAUGUGCUUUUGGUUCAUCAUCUUGCACAGUACAAUCGAGAUCUCAAACCAGGCAGCUGCUCAAUAAUAACAAUAAUUCUCCUGAUUUAGAUCUAGAAAAGCAGAAAAAGUGAUAACAAGGAAACUAUAAAAUAGUUUCAAUGCUUCCUGUUCAUUCUGCUUUUCCACAUGGAAAACAAGGAAAUUGGAAACUGUAACAUCGAGGAAAGAAAAGAAACUCAUAAAUGUUGCACCUUAAAUAAGGCAAAUCAAUUAUUUUUCAGAUAUUACUAACAAAGGGCCAAUGAAAAACUUUUCUUGUGGUAUUAGAAUCAAUGCUACUGUUUUUCAGAAUUUGUUUUGUUGUUUUUCUGCUGGUAUGUACUGCACUUUAAAAUAUAACUAAAUUUAUAGAUAUUUUGUAGAUAUUUUGUAUGCAUGUUUAACUUUAAAAGUGUGUAUUAUGCAAGUUCAUUAUAUCCUGCAUGCUUGCAUAUUAGCCAUCAAGAAGCCCAGGGCCUUAUGCAUGUUAUGACUUAGUGGAUACACAGUGAUGACCGAUUGCUAAUUUGCAUUUUGUUUGGCAAACCUGCCACUCCCACUACUGAAGUCUCAUAUACACAGAAAUAUGUCUGAUUCUGAUCAUUCUGAAUAAAGAAAUAUAUCAAUUUGUAA